GACAAGGAUUGUGGAGGUUUAAACUCCUAGCUCCGGAGGUGACAAGGGGACACUAUCUACAGUCCUGUGUUUCUGCCCAGUUUGGACUCCCAGUUUGCCCAUCAGGCUGUGCAGAUGGAAGGGGGAAUGUCUGUGUCUCUGUGGUGUGAGGAGGUGGAGGACGUCCACGGUCAGGACCAGGGUCCGACUGAAGCCAAGAACCUCAUCAGGUGUUCGCCUCAGGUUCGAGCCACCUGGGACCCCACAGUGUCAGGACAUCGCGUGAUCCAGAGGCUGCUUCACAUGGAGGAGAGGUACAUGCCCUCCAUGCUCUACGUCACCCUGAUUCAGCGGGAUCCUGAGCGCAGGGAGGAGCUGGCCAAGUGGGCCCUGGAGGUGUGCUGUGAGUGCGGCUGUGACGAGGCAGUCUUCCCUCUGUCCGUCUCUCUCAUGGACAGGUUCCUGUCUGUCUCUCUCUCUGUACCUGUCUCGCCUUACUGUCUGGCUGCGGGCUGCAUCCUCAUCGCCUCCAAGCUCACCGAGUGUGACAACAUCACGGCAGACACCCUCUGUGCCGCAGCUGAGUACAGCUUCCAACCCUGCAACCUGCGGGAAUUGGAGCGCCUCAUCCUCGCCACCCUCCGCUGGGACACAGCAGCUGUGACGCCACAGGACUUUCUCCCGCAUUUUCUAGCCUCCGUGGGGCAGCAGGGACGCGGCACCGGCGAGGAGUCAGAGGAGGAGCGUCUGUCCACCCUGCGGCGGCACAGCGACACGCUGGCCGCUAUGUGUGCUUGCGACUCGCGUUUUUUGGGAGCGCCUCCAUCACUUGUUGCUGCUGCAUCACUGAACUGUGCCCUGCGAGGUCUGGGCAACAAGAGACUCCCCCAGCUGGCUCUUAUGAGUGAAGCUUUGGCAGAGCUGUGCCAGACUGACCUGGCAGUGCUGCAGUGCUACAGUGAGAUGAUCGAACAUGCUCUCCGGCAGCGGCUGAGGAGUGGGCAUCAACAGGGACCCAUGGAGAAAGAUGAAGAGGUGGAGAAUGAAAGACCUGGGACGCCCACUGAUAUGAGGGAAAUUGAUUUCUAAACACGUGUGUGAGAUGUUACACUGAAAAAGUGAACUACUGAAAACAGUAAUCAGUCAAACUGAUAUAAAAUGAAAAUGCCAUGUUUUAUGUACUCUGAAAUGAUAAUAUUAAGUAACUUAAUUUAUUCUUGGUUAAAUUAUUUGUAACAUUUUUGAAACUAUUUGUUUUUCAUGUGCCAUAUUUUUAUCUAUUGUGCUAAAUUCAUGUCAGACUUCAGGUGUUGUGAUACAUACUAUUUAUAGCAUUUAUUUAUUAUC